AUGUCUGUCACUAAGGCUGAGGAUGACUGGAAGAAUCUAGAGGUCGUCCUGAGCUCCACUUUGUCGUCUUUACAGUCCCAUUUGAACGGGGACAGUCAGCUUGCAGCGUUUACUGACACCGGGAUCAAGGAAUGUGUGGUCUUUGGUUGGGCUGCCGCUGGGCAUGACCAAGGCGUCCUCUGCUCAGUCGGUGGCGGUCAAACAGCCAUACGGACCGGUGCAGUGAAAGAUGCUUCGUUUGUCCUUUCGGCCCUGCCGGAGCAGUGGGCCGAGUUCUACUCGGCGACACCAAAGCCACCUUUCCAGAGUUACUGGGGCAUGUUUGGUCAAAAUAUUCACCAGGAUGGUGUCGAGGUCCGUGGUAACAAGAACCUCUUCCUAAAUCUGGCCCCGGUCUGGCGGCGCGUUUUGGAGCUGAGUCGCAUUGCGUUUUGCGGACCCAUCCAAGAGGAAGAGCAUGUGGCAACCCCAGAGAGGGAUCUCAUCUCUGGCGGCUACCUAUGGGCAGAUCUGCCAUGCUGGGGGAGGACCAAACUGUUCUACGAACAGAGCGGCGACAAGUCGAAGCAGCCAAUUCUUUUCCUGCAUACGGCGGGCUCCGACGGCAGGCAGUACCAUGGUGUCAUGAAUCAUCAAGACAUGCUGGACAGAUGCCACAUGACUGUAUUUGACAUGCCAGGCCAUGGAAGAAGUUUUCCCGGGGAGAAACAGAUCCCUGGCCAGCAUAGCAAUAACGAAGAUGCUUAUAUUGCCGUGAUUGCUGCCGUGGUCAAGUCGCUAGGUCUUGUGAGCCCCAUUGUCUGCGGUGCUAGUAUGGCUGGCCACAUCUCUCUUGCGGUGGCAUUGAGGGCUGAUGAGGUCGGCGCCGGGGCGGUGAUCCCUUGCCAAGCAUGCGAAUUCACCGACAUGGAGCGCAACUACUGGUCAAGGUCACUCUUUGUGAACCAAUCUCUUUUCACUCCUGAAUAUAUCUACGGGAUGAUGUCUCCAAUUUCGCCUUUGAAAGAUCGCAACUUGGUCUGGCACACAUAUUCCGCUCAGGCGUUCUCGAUGUAUCAUGGCGAUCUCGAUUUCUACUUUGGCGGUUGGGAUGGCCGCGGUCGAGUGGAGAAGAUUGACACAAAGCGGUGCCCUGUGUAUAUGCUUACCGGAGACUAUGACUGGAGUACGACUCCAGCUAUGAGUGAAGCCACGGCACGUAAGAUUCCCGGUGCCAAGUUCCGCUCAAUGGAAGGGCUGGGACAUUUUCCUGCCACCGAAAAUCCCCAGAGAUUUUCUCGGUAUCUUGUGGAGGCUGUCGACUCUGUCUGUCACUCAAUGAGAGCCAGUAGGGAAAAGUAG